CCGCCACAUCGGUGGGGAGUGUUGUAUACUCGCCCAGGGAUCGGUAUCGGAUAUAGCGACGUCGCCCGAAAUAAAAGAUGUGAAUACCCAGGACUCAAGGCCCUAUUCAGCUAUACCUACAGUCCACCGCAGGAGAUCAACGCCAAAACACAUAUCAUACCAAACACCAAGAGGGGAGAAUAAGAUGUCCUUCCUACAAGCAGCCCCCGAACCCACAACCCCGCUAGGCCGCCUCCGCGUGCUCUCCACCACAGCCAGCGUGCGCGUCUCCCCCCUCCAACUCGGCGGCAUGUCCAUCGGCAACGCCUGGUCCGGCUUCAUGGGCAGCAUGGACAAGGAACAAGCAUUCGGCCUACUGGACGCCUUCGUCGCCGCAGGCGGGAACUUCAUCGACACCGCCAACAACUACCAAGACGAGCAAUCGGAGCGGUGGAUCGGGGAGUGGAUGGCGGCGCGGGGGAACAGGGAUAAUAUCAUCAUUGCGACAAAGUACUCCACCGCGUACCGGGACUACGAGGUUGGCGGCAAGAAGGCUUAUGUGAAUUACUCGGGGAACUCGCGGCGGGCGCUGCAUAUGUCGUUGCGGGACUCGUUGGUGAAAUUGCAGACGGACUGGGUGGAUAUUCUGUACCUGCAUUGGUGGGACCAGAUUACCUCUGUUGAGGAGGUGAUGGAUAGUUUGCAUGUUCUUGUGCAGCGGGGGAAGGUGUUGUAUUUGGGGAUAUCGAAUGCGCCGGCGUGGGUUGUUGCUGCGGCGAACUGUUAUGCGCGGGCGAGUGGGAAGACGCCGUUUAGUAUUUACCAGGGACGGUGGAAUGUUUUGAGGCGGGAUUUGGAGAGGGAGAUCUUGCCGAUGGCGAGGCAUUUUGGGAUGGCGAUUGCGCCGUGGGAUUCCAUCGGGGGAGGGAAGUUUCAGUCCAAGAGGCAGUUGGAGGCGAGGCAGAAGGCCGGUGAGAGUCUAAGAGCUAUUGGGCCUGCGGCGCAGAGUGAAGAUGAAGUGAGGAUGAGCGAGGCGCUGGAGAAGGUUGCUUCAGAGCAUGGCGUUGAGUCGGUGACGACGAUUGCGCUGGCAUAUGUCUUGUCCAAGGCGCCGUAUGUCUUUCCGGUGAUUGGGGGGAGGAAGAUCGAGCACCUCCAGGACAAUAUCAGAGCACUGGAUAUCCGGCUUACACAGGCCCAGAUUGACUUGCUGGAGAGCGUCAAGCCGCUGAAUGCUGGAUAUCCAGCUGAUUAUAUUGGGCCAGAUCCAAAGAUCACUGGCAAGGCUGGAGGAGUGCUGGCGACGACGGGCCCGAUGGCAUUCGUUCAGUAUCCAAAUGCAAUUGGCAAGCUGUAGUAGUUAAUGACAUUAAUCUGAUUGUUUAUUUGAUAGUAUAAUUCCCCCACAUGCCCCCAUCAGCCCACAUGUAUACUUGGAGAAUCAACCCCGCAGACUCGACUACAUCAAUGGGAUGCCUGCUGAUGAUUGAGUGCUCAUACAACAUGGACCCCUCCCUAUGGACCAUCGCAUGCAGUUUCGCCGUCUUAAUCCCCCUCGGCAUCCUCAUCCACGAUGUCCUCCUCUGGAAACGCCUCCCCCCAGGCCCCCCU